AUCGAAUAAUAAAAUAUCGAGUUUUGAUAGAGAUAGUAUCCUGUACCUUCCUAAACUUGGAAUGUUGGCCAUUAACGCUAACCCAUUAAACUGUGAUUGUGAGAUGAGGGCAUUUAGACAAUCGAUUACCGCUAGACAGGGCGAUUUAUUGGUUAUAACAGCUCAAUGUGAAGGAACUAACAUUCGAAUGACAGAUAUGACUGAUUCGCAGUUUGGAUCGUGUUCAGAUGAUUUGUUUAAGACGGUAACAUGCAUGAACUGUAAAAAUGUUCGCAGUACAGAAGAAUGUGUAAAGCAGAAUUUCACUACAACUUGCUCAACCAAAACAACAAAUCGGCCUACAUGUUUUGAAGAAUUGGUGUAUGUAUCUUCUGGAUUAAUGAUUAAUAAAGGAUGCACAUCAUACAGUCAGUGUCUGGGAAGUGAACGUAACAAUGCCGAUCAGUGCUAUGGACAAUCAACUGCUCGGUGUAAAUUCUGCUGCGUAGGAGAGCGUUGUAAUAAACCAGCUUUGAAGGGUAGAUUACACACCUCGGCUUAUAUGGUCAAAAUAGUUGUGAAUGCAGACAUACCAGAUAGUUUAUCUAAUCCUGGAUUAAUAUUCUACACAACAUUUAUCACUGCUGUACAGUCUCAGAUUGACAAUGCACUGAACAACAGAGCUAAUUCAUUUGGCAGUUUUGUUUCAACAGUUACAGUGAUCGAGUCUCCAAAAAGGACAGUUAAUGUGCGAGUAGUGAUAACCACAAUAGAAGAGGUUGACAGUGACAAUCGAUCUUCCUUCAUCAAAAAUCAAAUCCCACAAUUGUCACACUUGUACUCGCCAGCCUACCCAAUACUCAGUAUAGAUAUUAAUCUCCUUGAUGGCAAGUGUCCAGCAGAAACUACAAGUGAUACUAAAGGCCAGUUCCAAUGGAAACCUGUUUUCCCAGCAGAAAUUUCAACGGUACCCUGUUCUGGUAAUUCAGGAGCUUCAGCAACACGACUUUGUUCCACGAACCAAUCAGGACAACCAGUAUGGAAUGCACCAGAUACAUCAUCUUGUCAGUUUAUAAAUCAAGUCACACAGUCUCUUACUGAACUCGCCAACAAAAACGUUGAUAGUAGUAAUGCUAACAGCAUUCAGUCAGACCUUCUUUCAUUAUCCAGAGAAUCGUCUUCUUUUACCGAUGUUGAUGUAUCUCUUUCCGUGGAGGUAAUUGAAGAUCUGCUAAUAGAAGGUUCGCUAUAUACAAACACUCAGAAAGGUCAGGACAUGAUGGAAACAAUGAGUAAUAUACUUAACUCACCGGAAAAUGUAUUAACAGAGUCAGAAACUACGUAUAAGUCAUCAGAAAGAUUUGUUAAGACUGUAGAAAGUUUGGCUAAUAGAAUCGUGCCUUCAUCAGGAGAAUUUACAGCAGUAAAAGACAACUUGGCGUUAGCAGUGCGACAAAAUGACCCUAAUAACUUUUCAGGACUAACUAUGGCAGUCAGUGUGUCGCAAACGCGAGGAAUUAGUAAAAAUGGAAUUACAAUAAAAGAUGGGGUUGAUCUAUCAGACCUGCAGACAGGAGUUAUUAUACCGUCAACAUUUUUCCAAACUGUUGGUGGUAAUUCGCCAAGACUUGCAUUUGCAGUAUAUGGUAACAACAAAGUCUUCAAAAAUGCUGUCACAAAGAAUCUGAAGGCACCUCUAGUGACGCCUAUAAAUGUCCAGAGUGUAAACGUGGUAAAUGCUCCUGUAAUAUCAACAUCAGUACAGAACACAAAUGUACAAGGACUGAAGCAACCUGUGGUCUUUAGAUUUAAACAUUUCGAUGAUAGUUCUGAUCGACCACAGUGUGUUUUUGUUGAACCAACUGUAUCUUCCAGUAUAGAAUGGUCGAGCCAAGGAUGUAUAGUAAAAGAACAUGUAAAAGGAAGUCAUACAGACUGCGAAUGUGAUCAUCUCACCAGCUUUGCCUUACUUAUGGACAUCUACCAAACUGGUGGCAAUUUGUCUGAAGCAAAUAAACUAGCCUUGACCUAUAUUUCCUACAUAGGAUGUGGUGUGUCUCUUUUGGGUCUGUUAUUAACACUGCUUACUUAUUUUAUGUUUAGAAAAUUAAGAGUAAAUAACCCUUCCAAGAUAUUAAUAAAUCUGUGUAUGGCUUUAGCUGUAACGAAUGUAAUAUUCCUUGUUGGCAUGCAGGAAUACACCUUAGAUAAUGAUAUCGGCUGUAAGAUAGUUGCUGUAGCUCUACAUUAUGUCCUGCUAUCAGCUAUGUGUUGGAUGUUGAUUGAAGCUUUUUACAUGUACCUUGCGCUGAUUAAAGUUUUCAAUACAUAUUUUUCACAUUUUCUGUUAAAAUGUUGUCUUUUUGGAUGGGGUAUGCCGUUAAUCAUUGUAGCAGCUACGCUGGGUAUUAAUUCUACAAACAAUUAUGGACAACAAGCAGGUGGAAUAUGCUGGUUGUCUCCAGUACCAUUCUAUGUGGCAUUUUUGGCACCAGUUGGGAUCAUUCUCAUUCUUAACUGUAUUUGUUUUGUAUUAGUGUUCAGAGUUCUAUUGAAUGGUUCAUCGAAGAAAAUAACUAAAUCUGACAAUAAAAGCAGCAUAUCACAGAGACUUAAAGGUGCAAUUGCUUUAAUCGUUCUUCUGGGCUUAACAUGGGCAUUUGCAAUAUUUUCCAUUGAUGGUGGAGGAAUAGUGUUUCAAUAUCUGUUCACGAUAUUCAAUUCUCUUCAAGGACUAUUUAUUUUUAUAUUCUAUUGCCUGUUGAAAACGGAAGCUCAGCAAGCGUGGAAGAGAAAGUUUGGACGUGCUCCACCAAAAUACAGUGGACCUACAAUGAGUAAAGAGAGAACUAUUGAUACGAGAUCAAGAGAUGCAACUUCCAAUACUUACACCUCAGAGGUCAGUGAGAGUAAGAAAGAGUUUACUGAUAUAUCGAAGGAAAUUGAUGCUUCUUAUCCUGAAACGAGACUGAAGUCAAAGGGAAAUACCAAACGUUAUCCUUCAUAUUCAGAAUCCAACACGUGAUCUCUAUAAAUGCUUAUGAGUGAUGGUUAUAAAACUAUUGAUUAUAUCAUAUGUAAAAUUUCAGCUAUGUCAUUCUUCUAUCAAACUUUAGAAAUCAUAUAUGUAAUUAUUCAUCUCGAUUACUAUCUCAUUUAGAUAUCUACUGCGCUAAUGUAUUUGAAAAAGUGGAUGAUAAUAUGACUUUUCACAAAUUCCAUGAUUCCGUUUUAAUUUUGAAGAGGAAGUAAUCCAUGAAAACUUUUGAGAUGACGAAAGACAUUAACAAAAUAUAUAAAUAAUAUAAUAUUACACAUCAAUACUUCCCUUAAUCAUAUUAAUUGAAAGAAGAUAUUUUGUUUUAUCCCUAACCUUGCUGACUUUUAUGUUCUCUUUUUCUGCUCGUGUAAAAUAAAUCUUUCUGGUCGAGUGUCUUAUAACCAAAAACAAUCAUUGUAUAAAAAAACUCGAAUAUGGGUCAAAAGGAAGAUAGAUUUAAAUCUACACAACAAAUCGUCGCUCUUUAUUUGACCUUUUACGAAAUGUUUUGUUUCGGGAGUCACUGGUGUAUCCUUUACAGACGAAAAGCGCAAAGGCUGUACUUAACGUUUGAUAAGAGGUUGUUCAUUUAAAGACGUAACCAUCGUAUAAUUUUCGUUUACGUUUACGUAUACGCAUCUGCAGAUAUACAAAUGUGAUCUCUAAUGCAAGUAUUGGUUGUUAUUUCGGUUCUUGUUUAAAAUUUUGUUUUUAAGCCCCACCUACGAUAGUAGAGGGGCAUUAUGUUUUCUGGUCUGUCCGUCAAUCAGUUCGUUCGUCCGUUUAUGCGUCAGUUCGUCCGUUCGUCUCCCUUCAUGUUAAAGUUUUUGGUCAAGGUAGUUUUUGAUGAAGCUGAAGUCCAACCAACUUGAAACUUAGUACACAUGUUACUUAUGAUUCGCUAUUUCAAAUUAUAGAGCCAAAUUAUACUUUUGGUCCCCAUUUCACGGUCCACUGAACAUAGAAAUGAAAUUGUGAGUUUCAGGUUAAAGUUUUUGGUCACGGUAGUUUUUGAUGAAGUUGAAGUCCAAUCAACUUGAAACUUAGUACACAUGUUCCUUAUGGUAUGAUCUUUCUACUUUUAAUGCAAAAUUAAAUUUGUUACCCAAUUUAACGGUCCAUUAAACAUGGGAAAUAAUAAUAGUGCGAGUCGGGCAUCCGUGUACUUUGGAAACAUUUUUGUUAUGUUAUAUUUACAAAAUGUGCUUUGAUAGGCUUUUUAGUUUCCAACAACAAGUCCAAAAGAAACCAAAUACUCACUGUUCAGAAUAUUUUUCUGUGUUUUCUUAUAUGUUCACUUUUUUUUCUUACUGAGUUUUAUAACAAUUAAGUAUUAUCCCAUCUACGCAUUUUUUACAUUAGUUUUUUCUUUGGGAACACUAUCUAUAGAUGUUACUUGUUGAUUCCAUUGUGUAUGCUUAAAAAUACAUAAAUUUGAAUAUGUGUCGAAUCAUCAAGAUGACGUUUGCUGUAGUGAUUUUACAGACAUUCUAAGAUUCAUUUGUGCAUUUAAAGACUUUGUAUCACAGCCAGGAAUUUCAUUACCUGUUGCUUUGGUUGUAUCGAACACAUACUAUAAAUUUGUUUCUAAUGUUGUAUACUAGAAUUGUAUUGAUUUCGUGGCGGCAUUACAAGCAUUUAUUCUAUAAAUAAUACAUCUAUUUAUUUGUAUAUAGAACUUAAUAUUUGAAGACUCUGUAUUUGAAUAUCAAUAUAAUUCAAGUUAUAUACGCUAUAUAAGUCUGACACAUCUCCACAUUGUUAUAAGGAAGGAAUUUAUUAAUAUGGAAAC